UACUUUGCGAUGCUAAUUUCAGUAUAAAAAUUGAAACAUUUCCAUGUUAAAGUCGUAGUCAAAGCUUCUAGCUUCAAUUGAACAGUUCUUCGCUGAUCUCGCUUAGCACAAAGAAAAUCUCAAUUCUCAAUAUGAAAUUCGUUAUUGUUGCAGUUGUUGUCUUGGCCCUCGCCAUGAGUGUACAAUCCUCUGUUCUCCCAUUGGGAAUUGGUUUGGGAUUGGGUCACCGUCUUGAUGUUGCCGGACAUGGACUCUCAUACACCGCUGUCUCUGGACCAGCUCUAGUUCCACAAGUUGUUGGUCUUUCAGCUUUGGGACUUCCAUCUGUGGCCGUGCAUGCUGGUAUUCCAGCUGCUGUUGCUGUUUCCCCACACGCUGUUGCUGUUGCUCCACAUGUUGUUGCUGGCGGUACUUAUGUUGCCCAGACCCGUGGUGCUUCACAUGUUGCCCCAUUGGCCGGACACAUUAACUCAGUGUCGAGUGUGAAUGUUGCCCCAGCUCCAGGAACUUUGUAAGAAGUUUUUAUUCGUUCAAACAAAUGCCAAAAGAUAAGAAAAAAAAAAGGAAAAUUUUUACAUGAUUACCUGGUCAAGAUGUGUUUUGCUUUUGUUUUGUUGAAGGAAAAAAAAAACAAAAGUAAAACCAAAACAAAUAUAACUUAAAUAAUAAACAAAACUGAGAUAUCCUUUGCUCUGUCUAUCAUCUCUCCGUCUCUGUCCUAUUUUUCUACAUUUUUCAUACUUUGUCUAUCUUUUCUGACUUCAUGAAGCAAACCUUUUUAAGGGAAAAAAAAUAUUGUUUUCUUAGAAUUAAUAAAAAUGUUGAAAAAAAAUAUUAA